CCUCGUUUGGUUACAACGCUGCCGCGGCCAUGGGGGGCAAGAAUAAGCAGCGGACGAAGGGCAACGUGCGGCCCUCUAGCAGUGGUAGAGCAGCAGAACUUCUGGCCAAAGAACGAGGAACUGUUUCUGGGUUUAUUGGCUUUGGCACGUCUCCUGGCGAUCUAGGAUAUGUUCCUGCAGUUCAAGGAGCUGAAGAAAUAGAUAGCCUUGUAGAUGCUGACUUUCGAAUGGUGCUGCGAAAACUUUCCAAAAGAGAUGUUAUAACCAAAUUAAAGGCUAUGCAGGAAUUUGGGACAAUGUGUAAAGAGAGAGAAACAGAGACUGUUAAAGGAGUUCUGCCUUACUGGUCUAGAAUUUAUUGUAAAAUAUCCAUUGAUCAUGAUCGCCGGGUCCGAGAAGCAACACAACAAGCUUUUGAGCAGCUUAUUCUGAAAGUUAAGAAAAAUUUGGCUCCUCAUUUAAAAAGUCUCAUGGGAUACUGGCUGAUAGCUCAGUGUGAUACUUAUUCUCCAGCUGCAUCAGCAGCUAAAGUGGCAUUUGAAAAAGCUUUUCCACCAAGCAAGCAACCUGAAGCCUUAAUCUUUUGUAAAGGUGAAAUUCUGAAUGUGCUACAAGAUCAUCUUCUAAAAGAAACACCAGAUACACUAAGUGAUCCACAAAUUGUGCCCGAGGAAGAAAGGGAAGCCAAAUUCUUUCGAAUUUUAACAUGUUCUUUGCUAGCUUUAAAGAAACUGCUCUGUGUAUUGCCUAGUAGUGAGAAUUGCUUACUGGAAGAGAAACUUAAGCCUCUACUGUCUCAAACCAAGUUCUGGAAAUAUGGGAAGCACAAUACUCCCCAGGUCCGUUCAGCUUUCUUUGAACUAAUUUCUGCUCUUUGCCAAUAUGUUCCUGAAUCAGUGAAAGCUGAAGCAUCAAGAGUUUGCCCAGCAGUUCUUCUCAGCAUUGAUGACAGUGAUGCUAUUGUAUGCCCUGCUCUUUGGGAAGCUGUGCUUCAUGUCCUUGCAACCAUUGAGGAUUGUUGGAUUCAUGUGAAUGCCAGAAAGGGGGUCCUGCCAAAGUUGUGGAGAGUACUUCAAGAAGGAGGACGAGGUCUUGCUACUAUCAUAUAUCCUAAUCUGUUACCUUUCAUUAGCAAGGUACCUCUUGACGUUACUGAACCAAAGCUGGACUUUUGUAGAACCUUUUUCACCUUCAUAAUUCAAGGCAUGUUGACUGAAAGAGCUACAACUAGCCGUUCAGAGUGCUCUGCAAUCUCAUCGGCAUUUAUGGAAUGUUUGCGAUUUACCAUAUUGCAGAACAUAGGUGAAGAAGAAGAAGACAUUAAAAUUCAAGAAAUGCUUAUAAGUGAUCAGCUAAUUCCUCUCAUAGACACGGUGAUUAAAGAGCCCAGGUUACAAAAUGGACCUUUGUUUUAUGAGGUAGCAGACCUUUUAAGCUCUUGGGAAACAAGAAGAGAAAAUUCAAGUUGUGAAGAAACAGCUCUCACUUUUCAGAGAAUGUUGUUGAACUUUUGGGAUGGACUUUCUAAAGUUUGUGUGGUCCAUGUUGACAGAACAGAUGUGGAUGAGAAAGCUUUGGCUGCUGUGUCCUGUUUGCUACAAGUCCUUCAGAACCCGGAAGAGAAGUUGAAACCAAACAAAAGAAAAGCUGUAAAGAUCAGGUUUUCAGAAGAAGCUGAAGUUGAGAACAGCACUGAGAAUGAGACAUAUGUGGAUGUGGGAAGUAGUAAUGAACCUGGCAUUAUUUUUCAAGCACAGCAUCUUUCCCCUCUAAGGAAAGAACCUUUGGAAGAUCUAGUUUGUACACUUGCAGAACUAAGUAUUGUUUAUACCAGUGAUCAAAGAUCUGACCCGCACUUGAAGUUCCUCUCUGCUCUGCUCAGCAACUUUGCCUCUAGUAGAGUUUUCCAAGUACUCCUAGAGAGUAGGAGCAAUAUUCAAGAUGCUAUAAAACCUCAGUAUGAAAAUCCAUCUCUCCAGUUUCUGUAUGAAAAUGUAAUAGAUUGGCUGAAAGAAGACUGGAGGAAAGAGACAGACUUUUUGGUUGAUAUUUUGUAUAGUGUCCUCCAUUGCUGCUGCAGCACCACAGAGAGAGAAAAUAUUCUCAAUGAUUUAACAAAGAUGGAUCUGAAGUGGAAGAUUCUCCUUCAAAUAAUUCAAAAGGUAUUGUCAGCUUUUUUGUUCUUACUUGAGUCCUUGAUUGGUGAAGUUUAUGUCAAAAGGAUAAUUGACAAACUUCAAGGCAUUGAGUCCUUGAUUGGUGAAGUUUAUGUCAAAAGGAUAAUUGACAAACUUCAAGCGGCUCUUUCUAAAGCGAAGGAUCUUUCAGAAGCUGGAAAUGCUGAGCCAUCUGUGUCAUUCAUCUGUGAUGUAGCCUCUAACUUCUUUAGCUCAGUUAAAGGAUGCUUGUUGAUGCCAUCAUCAGAAGAUUUGUUGUUCACCAUCUUUCAGUUGUGUGCAAAAAGCCAGGCUACAACAUAUUUGUCAGAUUUCCUUGUAAAUAAGCUGAAGCACACUUGGAUGUGUGGGUUAACAUCACUUGUGCAUCAGCCUGGUGGUAUGCAUAAAGAGAGCACCUUCCUGCAGAGAUCUGCAUUCUGGGUGAAGAACCAGCUUCAGUCAUCUGUGAUGGAUGUUAAAAGUCUGCAGGUUUUGAUUUCUGCAGUCAGUGAUUUGCUAACUGAACUGUUGGAAGCUGAUGAAGUUUCUGCUUAUAUUUUGAAAGACUACAUUGAAUGGCUGACCCCAAGCAAAUGUGAAUGGGAAAAGAUGCAGGAUUCCCUAUCUACUGAGAAAGUUGCAGAACAGCUUUAUGCAUUACAAUGGAUUGAAGAACUAGCAAACCCACCGUGCCUGCUUCUUGAAUUUCUUCAGAAGCUCGAAGUAAUGAAUAUUUCAUCUGAGAAAUUAUGUGCUCUUAGUAAUAUUCCCUGUCUAUUACAAAUCUUAUUUAAAAGAUCAAAAGAGAGUGGAAGACUUUGGACCUUAACUUUGGCUAAAAUGAUAAAUACAAAGAAUAUUUCAUCCUGUGAGAUAAAAGCCCUUUUCAAUACAACAGAAAGUUUUUUCCCUUUAACAGAAGGCAACUUGCACACACUUCAGAACCUGUCUCCAUUUUUACUUGAAGAAGAUAAGGAAGAGCUUGUCAUUCAGUGUACUGCUAAACUUAUGAUGUGCGACAAAAUUGAGCUUUCUGAGAUUGAUGGACCUUUUGGAUAUCUUGCUGUUUUAAAUUCUUGCUUGAGUGGUGGAAACAUUGAUUGUGGAGAAUUAAUGCCUGGAAUAUUAAAAAUAAUUAUAUCCUGGCGACAUGACUAUGAAGACAUCUUUCUUUUUAGCUGCAAUCUAAAGGAAGCAAGUCCUCAGUUACUUGGAUUCAAUAUUGAGAUGAUACGUUUCCUUUCUCUGUUGCUGAAAAAUUCUUCCUCUCUGCUGGAUAGCGAGUGGGAUUUUGUCAUGUGUUCCAUGCUGGCUUGGUUAGAGACCACAAGUGAAAGCCAGGCAGUCUUUUUUAUUGCACUGGUACAAGUGUUUGCCUGUGUGAGCUGUGACUUGACUACUGCCUUGAGUGCCUACUUCCAGGCAUUAACUCCAGAAAUCAUUGAAAAACUUCCAGCAAACCUCAUAAGUGAAUGGCAGGAGUUCUUUUCUGAAGGCAUUCAUAGUUUACUUUUACCUUUGAUGGUAAAAAUCACAAGAGACAAAAAUAUGUCAGAAACGUCAUUUCAGAACUCUGUGUUGAAGCCCUUGGGUGAAGCUCUAAUAUUUGUCUCAAAGGAUCAGUUACUGAACCACAAACUUCCUGCCAAAUUUGUUGCUAGCCAGAAGACAAACCUUCCUGAUAAAGUGCAGACCUUGUUAAAUACACUAUCUCCACUACUGCUGUUCAGAGCUAGACCUGUUCAAAUCACGGUAUACCACAUGCUAAAUAAGUUAAUGUCUGAUUUGCCUGAAUUUGACAAUAAAGACCUCAAGUCCUAUGGUGAUGAAGAGGAAGAACUAUCAUUGUCUCCCCCAGCAGCUCUUAUGACUAUUCUUGCCACUCAAGAAGAUUUACUAGAAAAUGUCCUAGAAUGCAUUCCAGUUGGAGAGUUUGCAGUUGUUCAGCCAUUGAGUGAGGAGUUUUGCCUUGUUUUAGGGUAUCUGCUCACAUGGAAAUUAAUAUUAACUUUUUUCAAGGCAGCAUCUUCUCAGUUACGAGCUCUUUAUUCACAAUACCUUCGAAGAACUAAGAGUUUGAAUAAACUACUGUAUCACCUGUUCAGGCUUAUGCCAGAAAACCCAGCUUUUCCAGGAUCAACAGCUGAAUUUCCUAAUAAGGACACAAAAACAUAUUUUACUGAAGAGCUUACUUUAGAUGUUAAAGACAUGUCAACACUGUCAUCACAGAUCCCACAUCUGGCUUGCUCAGUUUACUGCAUGACAUUAAAAGAUUUGCCAGCCAUGGUUCGCCUUUGGUGGAAUAGCUGUGAGAAACGAGUCUUCAGCAUUGUAGAUAAAUUUACAAGCAAAUAUGUCAGUAACAUCCUUUCAUCACAAGAAAUAUCUUCGGUGCAGACCAGCACACAGUUGUUUAAUGGCAUGAUGGUAAAGGCUCGAUCUGCUACUCGAGAAGUCAUUGCUACAUACUCAGUCGAUGAUAUAUUCAUCGAGUUGAUAAUACAGCUUCCCCAAAAUUACCCCCUGGGCUCCAUCACUGUGGAGAGUGGAAAGAGAGUUGGUGUAGCUGUUCAACAGUGGCGCAACUGGAUGCUACAGUUGAGCACAUAUCUCACUCAUCAGAAUGGAAGCAUUAUGGAAGGUUUAGCAUUAUGGAAAAACAACGUGGAUAAGCGUUUUGAAGGUGUUGAAGACUGCAUGAUCUGUUUCUCUGUUAUACAUGGUUCUAACUACUCUCUUCCCAAAAAAGCCUGCAGAACAUGCAAGAAAAAGUUCCAUUCUGCCUGCCUUUACAAGUGGUUUACAUCUAGUAACAAGUCCACCUGUCCGCUUUGUCGAGAGACCUUCUUCUGAAAUACAUCUCUACUUCUGUGAAUUUCUCAAACACCAAGCACACCUGGAUUCAGUUAUGAAAUAAGCUAAUUUUAGCCUUAUUUAAAAUAAAAAUCUUGCAUCGUUUGGUCAUCAUGAUCCAUGUCUACAGCAUACAAUUUCCAUUAAAUAGACUUAUUUAUUCUUCCCCACACUUACCUUUCAAGAAGAGUGAGAUAAGGAGUUUGAAAUCAAAGGGAGAUUUGAUUCCCAUGUUUCUCCCCCCCACCACCACCAAGUGGUUAGAACAUCCAACCCUUAAGCCUAGGGCCUUCUGUCUACCUCACACUUUCAAUCAGGGGAGGGAGGGGG